ACAAUGGCUUGCGAAUUCUUUAAGCUUGAACGAUGGCCGAUUCACGCGGCUUCAAGCCAAUAAACCAGUUGUGGCAGAGCGCGACAGUGUCGACGGAUCAGGAUUCGGAGUGUCUCUACGAGGAGAUCCCGGGCCGGUCCCAGGAUACGGACCGGCCGGCUGGUGCCGCCGUUGGGCAGCAGGGGGAGGAGGAAGAACAGCUGGAGGAGGAGGAGGAGAAUAUCGGCGGCAGCAGGAGGAGCCUCGAUUUCGGGGUACAGGUUGGAGAUAGCGACUUCUGGGGUGAGUCUGCCCGGGAGGAGAUCAUCGUUAGGAGCGGUACCAUCCCCCGUAGCAGGACCGACGGCGGCGCGAGGUCGCGUAGCGGAUCGGCUGAUCGACGACCAACGGAUCGGCCGCGUCAGCGGGACGUUGUCGUCGUCAGGGUGGAGGAGGAGGCGCGCUAUGCCGCGCGCAGGAGUCACGUGGAGCCCGGAACAGGCGCCAUACUGCCGCCUCCUGCGGCUACCGGCCACAAGCUGACCAGGGGGCGAACCAGCGCUAGCAACACCGUCGCCCGGUACUUGCAUUCAGCCAGCACGAACGCCUCGGCGGCACACUACCAUCACCAUCAUCACGGCCAGCUGCACGGCCAGUAUCCCCCCGGCGGCAGGACGACCGGCAGGCAGCACCGCCAUCAUCACCCUAGCCGCGGCUCGUACAGUAAUGAGACGCAGGAAGAGGUACAGGAGGACGAUGAAGCCACUCUACGGGAGUUGCUCGUAAGUCUGCAGAAACAGGUCAGCGUUAUGAGUAUGAACCUGAGUGCCAAGCUGGACGAGCUGCAGCGGGGUGACCGCCAGCUGGAGACCACCGUCGCUCUCUGCGAGAUCCGCACGCAGCUGCAGGAGCUCACGAAGAGCGUAGAGUCUUGUCAGAGCGAGGUCAGCGAGGUGAAACGGGACAUGGUCACGAUUAAGCAAGAACUAGAUACGGUACAGCAGGUCAAGGAAGAGAUAGAGGAAUUACGAGAGUACGUGAAUCGACUGGAAGAGCACUCCCAUCGGCGAAAACUUAGGCUACUGGAGCAGGGACUGACGCUUUUCCUGUCGUACGCGAUAUUAGCAGCCGUAUUGGGAAUGUUGCAGUUUGGAUACAACACUGGAGUGAUUAACGCGCCUGAAGUGAACAUAGAGAAUUUUAUGAAAGAUGUGUACAAGGAUAGGUACGGGGAGGAUAUUUCGGAUGAUUCUGUUAAGACGUUAUACUCCGUGGCCGUGAGCAUAUUCGCGAUCGGUGGUAUGGUGGGUGGUUUCAGUGGAGGGACAAUUGCCAACAGAUUUGGCAGAAAGGGAGGCUUACUGCUAAACAACGUGCUGGGCAUCGUGGGGGCGUGCCUGAUGGGUUUCACGAAACUUGCUGAGUCGUACGAGAUGCUGUUUUUUGGACGGUUUAUCAUCGGUGUUAAUUGCGGCUUGAACACCUCAUUGGUUCCCAUGUACAUAUCGGAAAUAGCGCCAUUGAACCUGAGAGGCGGCCUAGGCACGGUGAACCAGCUCGCUGUUACGGUGGGCCUCCUGGUCUCCCAGGUGCUGGGCAUCGAGCAAAUCCUUGGAACAAACGAGGGUUGGCCCGUUCUCUUAGGACUAGCUAUCUGUCCUGCCAUUCUACAGCUACUGCUGCUUCCAGUAUGCCCGGAAUCUCCAAGAUAUUUGCUCAUUACUAAACAGUGGGAGGAAGAGGCUCGAAAAGCUUUGAGAAGGUUGAGAGCCAGUAACCAAGUAGAAGAAGACAUUGAGGAGAUGAGAGCGGAGGAACGAGCUCAACAAGCUGAGUCCACGAUAUCAAUGACAGAGCUUAUAUGCAGUCCAACUCUAAGAGCACCUCUCGUUAUUGGUGUGGUUAUGCAACUUUCGCAGCAGCUUUCGGGUAUCAAUGCCGUAUUUUAUUAUUCCACGAAUCUGUUCACUAGUUCUGGUUUAACGGACGAGAGUGCCAAGUUUGCAACCAUUGGCAUAGGUGCCAUCAUGGUUUGUAUGACGCUAGUGUCUAUCCCACUCAUGGAUAGGACAGGAAGGCGUACGUUGCACUUGUAUGGUCUUGGUGGCAUGUUUAUCUUUUCAAUAUUCAUCACAAUUUCGUUUCUCAUAAAGGAGUUCUUUGGCUAUGUGCAGGAAAUGAUCGACUGGAUGUCCUACAUCUCGGUAGUGUCGACCUUGUGCUUCGUCGUAUUCUUCGCUGUGGGACCCGGAUCUAUACCUUGGAUGAUCACAGCGGAGCUGUUCUCGCAAGGCCCUAGACCAGCCGCCAUGUCCAUAGCGGUUCUCGUCAAUUGGAUGGCUAAUUUUUUGGUUGGCAUCGGUUUUCCAAGCAUGAAGAGUAGCCUUGAAAACUACACGUUCCUACCGUUCAGUGCAUUUCUAGCCAUCUUCUGGAUCUUCACCUACAAGAAGGUUCCUGAGACCAAGAAUAAAACAUUCGAAGAGAUUCUAGCUUUAUUCAGGCAUGGUAACGACAGGAGCAGCUUGCGGGACAGCAGACUUUAUGGGAGCAUGCUAAACUGUGUGAAUGCAUUAGAGGGACACAUACCGCCAGCAGAGAGCGCAGCCCUGAUGGUGGCAGAGGAGAAGCCACAUCCUGAUUCAUUAUAAUUCAGAAAAUGCAGAGACGUCAAAGUGCUGGUUAUACGACAGUCAAACUAUACAUUGUGCCGCUUCACGCUACGACAAGACACACGCGAGCGGUCAUAGCGGGAACACUAUUUAAAUUUUAUUCACCUUUUCGCGUUGACAACAGCUAAUCAGGAAAGAAAAUAUGAUGAAGUAGAUCGACACCAGUGUGCCAUAUCGAGAACAAAAAAACCUUUAAUCUG